AUGAAGGCUAUUAGAAAGCUAGGAAAUAAAAUUAAGGAUACGGUAAAAGACAUGAAAGAGAAAGUACUUGGUCAGGAAGAUAAAAAUUAGUUUGAGGAGUAAAAAAUUUAAGAAUUGGAUGACUUGAAGAAGGAUAAAAAAAAGAUCAGUAAUGACAAAUAAAGCAAUCAGUAAUUAUAAAAAGUGAAAGAUGCAUAGAAAUUAGUUGAGCAAGAAGAAUAGAACGAAGAAGAAGAUUCUUAGGGAGAACAAGAUCUUUUAGAUUUCUUCCCUAUCGAGCAUAUUUAUAAGUUUGAUACAUCAAAACUUCCUAAUAGAGUUAAGGAGAAGAUAGAGAAUUUUAAAACUAUAUUAUAAAAGAACUAGAUAAAUAUGAGUAAAUUGAGAAAGUAAUGCUUUAAUGGCAUUCCUGAAGAUUGUCCUGGUUUGAGAUCUAUUGUUUGGAAAGUAGUUUUGGAGUAUUUGCCAAAACACAAGGGAAAAUGGCAAUAAACAAUGGAUGAAAAUAAAGAAACUUAUAAUAUGUUAGUAAAUAAAUUUAUAUAUGGAGUUUAAUCACCUUCUUAAGAAGUUUGGGACUAACAAGAGAAAGAUGAAACAGAUUAUUUUUUAAGUAGAACAAAAGAUUUAGAACUAUAGCAUCCUGAAUGGAAAGAUUUUUUCAAGGAUAGAGAUUAAUGGGUAGAAAUAGAAAAAGAUACUACAAGAACUAGAUCAGAAAUGCAUUUUUUUGUUACAGAAACUGGUAAAAAAUUUGAUAAUCCUUACAAGCCACCAAAUCAACAAGUCGCUGAAAAACACUUUGAUGUUUUAGGUAGAAUUCUCUUCGUAUAUGCCAAGUUGAAUCCAGGAAUUAAAUAUGUUUAAGGAAUGAAUGAAAUUUUAUCUAUUUUCUAUCAUAUUUUCAAUCAUGACCCUGCUUACUAAGAAUAUGUAGAAUCAGACUGCUUCUUUUGCUUUACUAUAGUUAUGGCUGAAGUUAAAGAUUGUUUCAUUAAAUCGUUAGACGACUCCGAUAGUGGAAUCAAAGCCAGAAUUAAUAAUUUAAAUUUAUUAUUAAAGGAUAUUGAUCCUGAGUUGUGGGAAAACCUUGAGCAAUUAAGACUUAAUCCUCAUUUUUAUAGUCUUCGUUGGCUCAUGCUUAUAUUUACUUAAGAAUUUGAAAUUUUUGACGUCAUGAGACUAUGGGACAGCUAUCUUUCCCAUACACACAGAUAAGAUUUUAUGGAUUACAUUUGCAUUUCUAUCUUAUAGAUAUAAAGGCAUCAUAUAACAGAUGACUUUACUGAGGCUAUGGAAAAUUUAUAAAGAAUUCAACGCCUCGAUAUCGUUCAAAUUGUAAUAAAUGCAGAUAGCCUUUUCAAUAAAUAUGGACCUCACAAAUACAAAUGA